AUGCAGUCCAAGAUCAUCACCGUCCUCUCCCUCGUCGCCGCCGUCUCGGCCCACGGCAAGGUCACCUCGCCCACCCCUCGCCCCGCCGGCGACGCCUUCAAGGAGGCCUGCGGCACCACCCUCUGGAACACGGAGCAGUCGGACCCGUACGGCAACAUCCAGGGCCUCGCCCAGCAGGCCGGCAGCAGCCUCGUCGCCUCCCAGUGCCAGCUCGAGCUCUGCAAGGGCUACAAGUUCGCCGACAACGCCGCCAACGUCCAGAGCUACACGCCCGGCCAGACGGUCGACUUCGAGGUCGAGAUCCGCGCCCCGCACACGGGCGUCGCCAACGUCUCCGUCGUCGACACCACCAGCAACUCCAUCAUCGGCGCCCCGCUCAUCUCCUUUGAGAACUACGCCAGCACCAAGACCGGCGUCGCCGCCAACAACACGGCCUUCAGCGUCACCCUCCCCGACUCCCUGCCCGCCGAGUGCGCCACCGCCGGUAACUGCGUCCUUCAGUGGUGGUGGGACUCCGCCGAGGCCGGCCAGACUUACAUGUCCUGCGUCGACUUCACCUCCGGCUCUGGCUCCGGCUCCGGCUCCGCCCCUGCCACCCCGUCCGCCGCUCCUACCACCCUCCUGACCUCCGCCAUCCCCUCGGCCACCCCCGUCACCCCGGCCCCCGCUGCCUCGGACGAGGCCGCCGCCCCCGUCGCCACCCCCUCUGCCGCCCCCUCUGAGCCUGCCUCCUCCUGCACCAAGCGUCGCGCCGCGAAGCGGGCCCUUCGCAAGCGCAUGUAA